UUAUCUCCCUUCUUCUUCCUCAUGCUUGCUCUCUCUCUCACACAUACAUACGUUGUGACCUUGCUGCUGCUACUGCAGCUUCAUUUCUUCACUGCUGCUGUUGUGAUCUACCUCCAGUGACUCCUCUGCUGCUGCUAACCGAAGCUCCAAGCCUCCUGCCAAGCUCCUCACUCUCUACUGCUCUAUACCUUUCUCUCUCUAUUUCUCUCUCACCUGGAUCUGGUUGCAUGCAGCUCCCAUGGCCGUCCGCACCUAGCUCCGAUGGUGGCCACUGUGGAGAAGGCCAGUUGCAGUUCUAGCAACUCCGGUGACCCCAACAUUCACAAUACAUUUUGAGAAUGGCGUGGAGUCAGAAUGCUAGAAAGCCCAUAAUUGGGCUUCUGUCCCGUGCUCAACAACACGCUGCUCGGGGGUACUCGAAUUCUGCGUUCCAGGCUCAUCUGUCGAGCCGCCGUGUUGAACAAAGUGGUACGCUUCUUAGGAGAUUCAGCUCUGAAGUGCCUGCGUUGGAGCAAAUCAGUCUCAUUAAAAAGCUACGGGAGAGGACAUGCGCUCCAAUCAAAGAUGUCAAGGCUUCCUUGGUUAGUUGCAACUGGGAUAUUGAUGCUGCGCAGAAGGACCUAAGAAAGAGGGGUGUGGCUCUUGCUGCCAAAAAGUCUUCACGGACUGCAGCUGAAGGUCUGCUCGCUAUUGCACAAGAUGAUAAAAGGGCCGUUGUGGUUGAGCUUAACUGUGAGACUGAUUUUGUGGCAAGAAAUGAUGUUUUCCAGUAUCUGGCUUCUUCACUAGCAAAAUUGGCUUUAUCAGCAAGGGAUCCUGGUGAAUUGGUCUUUCCUUUUGGUCCCGAGUAUUUGGAGAACCUUAGUGUCAAUCUAGAUCAUCCUAAACUCAGUGGGGAGACAACAGUCCAAAGUGCUGUUACAGAAGUUGCUGCCAUGGUUGGAGAAAAUGUCAAAUUCAGAAGAGGUUUCAUGUUGUCCACAACUGCACAUGGUGUUAUUUCCUCUUAUCUGCACAAUUGUCCCCAGCCAGGUUUGGGUCGUCUUGCUGGAUUGAUCACACUGGAGGCAGAAGAUAGCAAUGCUCCCCUUGAUGCUCUUAAGAAAGUUGGGUCAUCUAUUGCAAUGCACAUCGUUGCAGCAAAGCCAUUGUUUGUAUCAAAAGAACUGGUCUCUGCUGCAGCUGUUGAAAAUGAGCGGGACAUACUCCGGAGUCAGGCUGAAAGCUCAGGAAAAUCCCAAAUGGCCAUGGAUAAAAUGGUAGAAGGUCGACUGAGAAAGUACUUUGAAGAAGUUGUGCUUUUGGAGCAAAAAUAUAUUGCUAACGACAGCACAAAUAUCAAGAGCGUGCUGAAUGAUUUGUCAAAGGAAGUUGGCUCAAAAGUUACAAUUGGCAAUUUUGUCAGAAUGGAAGUUGGCGAAGGAGUUGAUAGGCCUAAUGAGAGUCUUGGAUCUGAAGCUGCGGCUCAUGCUGCAUAGUUUACAAGCUAAGAUCGAUCGAAAACGAUCAUUGAGAUGUGCUAAAGUUUCUAUUCUUCUGAAGUUAGAUUUAUUAGUUUCUUGAGAACUGUACUGUUUUUUUAUGGGUUGGCUCCAACAGUACGGCUGUAUUUUUCUACAAAUGCCAUUAAUCAACUAGUUAGGAGUUUACAAGUCUCCGGAGAGUAUUGUAACAAUUCGAAUCUGGUGACAUGUUUCAUCUAAACAAAUAAGGCAUACAAGGUUGCUGACUCC